UGGGGUCAGUGUGAAAGGUGUAAGGGGGGGAGAGGUGUGUGUGUAGCUGAGGGGGGUUGGAGCAAACCAAUGGCUGCUUAGCAAGCACUGGAGGGAAGCUUAGAACUGCCCCUCUCCUGGUGACGCCUUCAAUGCCCCAGGCACACAUAGCUCAAGAGCAGCUAAACUAUCACUUCCCCAUCUAGAGAGAGAGGGAGCGAGACACGGAGAGAAGGAAAAUCUGGAUUUAGGGAAAGGAGAGGGGAAAGACACGGCAACUGCCAGAGGGAUAUUAGAAACACCUGGACAAGGACAAAGUCAUAAGUGAGUUGGGUGAGAGAGGAAAGGGGGUUGAUAUACGAAGGGGAUAUAAGAAAGGAAAGAGAACAUAUAGAAAGUAAGAAAAAAACAUUUCUUAUAAAAGGCAGCAGGCAACAGAGCCGGGAUAAGGAGAGAUUCCCAUCAUCUGGAUGCCAUUUGUCUGCUGGAACUUCUGCACAGAGCCAACACAUAAGGUUUCCCAUGAUGUGGCAUCUCCUAGUAUGGACAAUUCUGCUUGCCAAUGCCCGAUGGAUGAUCGCUGAAGGUUGCCCAGCUGGCUGCCAGUGUAAUACGCCACAGAAUGUGUUCUGCCUCGCACGCACAAACUCAUACUUUCCACAUGGCGUGCCCCCUGACACACUUAAUCUGUAUGUAUUUGAGAACGGCAUCAGCUCCAUCGAGGAGAGCAGUUUUAUUGGGUUGAAUGGUUUGCAUCUCCUCGACCUCUCUCAUAACCAACUAUCUAGUCUCCCAGGGGGAGUAUUUAGGAGCUUGGCCAAUCUGAGCAACCUGGAGCUUACAUCCAACCAGCUGACAGAGAUUUCUGCAGACACUUUUCAGGGUCUAAGUCGGCUGGAGAGACUGUACCUAAAUGGAAACCGCAUCCGCAGCAUUCACCCAGACGCCUUUAAGGGUCUUGAAAGUCUGCUGGAACUCAAGCUGAGCAACAACCAACUGAUAACACCUCCAUCCUUUUCUCUGCCCCAUCUCUUGCUCCUCGAUCUCAGUUACAAUGCAAUUCUUGUCAUUCAACCAGGGGUCUUUAAUGCAGACAACAUUGAGACUCUUCGUCUUGCUGGUCUUGGUUUGAAAGAAGUACCAGAAUUGUUGCUGAGUGGCCUCAAAAACCUUCAUGAACUUGACUUGUCUGACAACCAGCUGGACAAACUACCUCCUGGGCUGCUUGGGUUGACAAAGCUAAGCAUUGCCGGUAAUGUUGGAUUCUCUCAGAUACAAGUGGAUGACCUUGCAAACCUUCCUGCACUACAAGAGCUAGAUUUAAGUGGGCUCAGCCUACGUACCCUACCAAAGGGUCUAUUUAGGUCUUCAAAACGCCUUCGGACAAUAAGCCUGGCACAAAAUCCAUUCAACUGUGUUUGCUCACUAGGCUGGUUAUCUGAAUGGAUGCGGGUUAGUGGAGUGGUACUGCUGCGGCCAGAUGAGACUCGCUGCCAUUUUCCUCCUAAAAAUGCCGGCAAGACUUUGAGACAAUUGCGGGAUUCUGAGUAUGGAUGCCCAGCACCAACAACUAUUCAUAUACCAACAACAGCAUCAAGCACCACCACUGGGCCACCUACAACCACGAAGCCCUUGCAGACAGAAGCCCCAACUACUGCCUCCACUACAACUACCACCAUCCUUCAUCAGGAGCAGGAAGAAGACACUCAACCAUUUCCAUUCGAAGACCCUUUGUGUCCACCUCAGACUUGUCUGAAUGGAGGUUCUUGCCAACUAGAUCAUACUGGCCAAUUGGAAUGUGAAUGCCCACCUGGAUUCCAAGGCACUUACUGUGAGACUGGUCCAGUCACACCUGCUCUGGUUACAGAAAAAUACACAGAGCAGGUGAAAAUCAUUGAAGUGACAGUUAGCUCUAUCCGAGUUGAUCUUCAGAGUUACAGCCAAAACAAAGAAAAGCUGUGGAGAAUCAGACUAACUGUGCGUAAUCUGUAUGGUGCAGACCGUCGACCAAAGAUAUAUAAUUUUCCGCCUUCUCUGCCUGAAUACACAGUAAGGGCAUUGUCCCCCAACACUACCUAUUGGCUAUGCCUGGGGUCACAGGGUGAGGGAGGUCCAGAAGAUGAUCUGUGCACUGAAAUUCACACUUUAGGAGAACCUCCAAAGCACAGCCCCCAAGUCACACAAUCUCAAGAAGGAAACCUCACCCUGGUGCUCGUUCCUGCAGUGGCUGCAGGAAUCCUAUUGUCUGCAGCAGUUGCAGCCGCAGCUUGCUACGCUAGAAGACGCCAGGGAAAGGGACACUCUGUUGAGGAUGGUGGUCCUUUAGAAAUGGAUGGGGUAAAAAAAGGACUGGAUGGCACGGGGGAAAUCAAAAAACUGUCAGAUGGUCAAACUGGGCCUGAAAAAAAUAGUGCAGAAUCAGAAGAGCCUCUAAUGGACUCAACAAGGAUUGGGAACAAUAAUGAUGCACCCACAGGCAGGCUCCCUCAUUCAUACUUCUAAUCAAGGCACAGAUUAUGGUGACUUUGAAAGUGUUUAUUUGGUCUGUAUACAGAUGACUGGACUAUCAAAAGAUCUUAGUACAAGGCACUGAAAAGUGCAACCGCAGCUUUCUUAUCUUUGGUCAAGAGUUAUAGAAAGUGAGCCGGACGUACUUGUGCCCUGCUUUGGAGCGUCUGCCGUCGCAGGACAGUGUUAAACAUUCUACCACUUGGAGAGAAGAAGUCCAAGAGAUAGCUCUUCACAGACUCUGAACAUUAAGGAACAGUUGGUCUUUUUUUCAGACUGAUACCCUACUAAGUUUGGAAAGGCUGCAGGGAUUCAUUUAGGCUGGACCUGUAAAGGGGGAAAGUCAAGUUUUGAUUGGGCCUGGAUAUUAAGGCACCUAUUGCUGGACAAGAUGGGGUCUUAUGGUAAUGAUUCAUGCUGGGAUACAAAACUUGGCACAAUAUAAUAAAUAAAGACUUUCUUACAA